CUGCUUGCAACGGCAUCUUUAGAGAUAGAUGAUCCCAUGUCUUUGACCUUAAGUGGACGUGACAUGCUGGCUAUGGUAUUCAAUUGGUCUACAGCUGCAGUGCCGAUGGCUUCCUCCUGUCAAUACCUGAGAAUCCUCAGAUCAGUGUUCAAGCGUUCCCCAACAAAGCCUGGUCUACAAUUUACAUUUAUUCUCCUCGCCCGGUCCAUGAAGUGUUUUCGCCAGCAGACGUCAUUGACGACAAGUUGAGUGUUUGGGCCCGGCGUGGUUAAACGACGGCCCCCAAGUAGAGGAAUGAUUCAGGCUUAAAGAACUUUGUUGAUUGGAGACCGUUGUGACCUUCCAGAAGCACAUGAAUAUUUGGCAGACUCUGCCGCCAUAUCCUCAGAAAUGCCACGUGACAUAUGACCGCGUCUAGACGGAAGUACAUGUGCAUCUAUCAUUGCAGUGUCUUGCUGUCUUUCAUCUUGGUACAGAUACCGAUUUUUGAGGGCGAGAAAGAGUAAUAGAGACAAAGUUUAAAGCAAGGUACCUGCCUAAGGCAAGGUAAGGUGAGGUAGG